AUGGCUUUAACGGAAGGGCUUCAAGCAUAUGAAAAAGAGAAGCUCCUUCUACCCCUUCCCAAAGAGAGGGGUUGGGGAUCACGCCAUCUCUAUCUUUUUCAACACUUUUGGUGUCCAUCAACUCAUUUUCAAGGUGUAAUCAAUUUUCAAAACCACUUUAAGGCAAAAGAUAGUGAUGUUAUUGUUGCCAGCUUUCCAAAAUCAGGAACUACUUGGUUGAAAGCCCUUACUUUUUCUAUUGUCAACAGAAAACGAUUCUCAUGUUCUGAUAACCAUCCAUUACUCACUUCCAAUUCUCAUGAACUUGUUCCUUUCCUUGACUUCAUCUUUCAUGGUGAUAACAUCCAACACAAGCUUUCUUACCUCUCCAAUAUCACUGAACCAAGAGUUUUUGGUACUCACAUUCAAUUCCCUUCCCUCUCCAACUCAAUCAAGGAAUCCAACUGUAAGAUACUUUAUAUCUGCAGAAACCCAUUUGACGCAUUCGUUUCUUCUUGGACCUUCUUCAAUAAAACAAAGUCAGGCUCUUUGCAUGAACUAACGAUAGAGGAAGCUUUAGAAAAGUACUGCAAGGGAAUAGUCGGGUUUGGUCCGACUUGGGAGCAUAUGUUAGGUUACUGGAAAGAGAGCAUAGCAACACCAAACAAGGUUCUGUUCUUGAAGUAUGAAGAACUUAAAGAAGAUGCCAAUUUUUACGUGAGAAGAGUUGCAGAAUUCUUGGACUGUCCUUUCACAGAAGAAGAGGAAAGUAACGGAGUGAUUGAAAGCAUAAGGAACUUAUGCAGUUUUGAGAAAAUGAAGAUUCUAGAAGUGAAUAAAUCUGGAACAUUUGACAGGAACAUUGAGAAAAAAUACCUAUUUCGGAAGGGUGAAAUAGGAGAUUGGGUAAACUACUUUUCACCAGCUAUGACAGAAAAAUUAUCAAAAGCAAUAGAAGAAAAAUUAGGUUACAAGGAAAUUUUGAUAAAUCCAAUUAUUUAUGUGGUUUCUGUUAUUGUUUUUGGAUUAGUCAUAAGACUUUCUUCAAUUGGACCUGUCGCAGGGUUCUCAUGUGUUGCGCCAUCCUCUACUCAUUAUGCUAAGGAACAUAGUGACCCUCUGAAGAUCGGUGUUAACACCGUAGAAGAGGCCGUUAAGGCCGUGGUGGCUUUGGUGUACAACAGGUCUCAGGCGAGCUCCUCAAUUACGUCCAUCGCAAGGCUAGUGAGUUGGACCGCCACAUUUCCUCCAACAUGA